ACAAGGCCAUCCGCCGCGAUGCUCGCAUCAACUGGAUCGUCAACCCCGUUCACAAGCGUCGCGAGGCUCGCGGUCUAACCGCUACCGGCAAAAAGAGCCGCGGCCAUCUCGGCAAGGGUCACCGCUUCAACCACACGAAGCACGGAGGAAAGAACUCGACCAUCCGCAAGCGCGACACUCUCCAGCUCAGACGUUAUCGCUAAGCGUCUCGACUGCUUGGAGUCUGAUGCCAAUCGGUCAGUCGACGGUCGCUUUCACCACACUCUUCCAACCCCCUUUCGCCUUGUCUCGGCCCCUUCCCCUUCACGCUCUCAAGCAUAUGCCUGUACGUCUCCCAUGCGACCGCUACACAAAAGCGUCUCACCGCGCUCUGGUGUCUUUGUCAAUACAGACAUCUUCACACUACUAUCGGAUGGCGCGUGUUAUUGGCGGGAGACUUUUGACGACGGACGCAACGCUGUUCAGAAUGCUUGCACCGACAACGAGGUUUGAGCGUGCACAUGCCGAGUGCUCCGCUGGAUCUUGUCACAAGGGCUAAAUGCAGACGAUCGUCAUGGCGCUGGCUUGAGCGCUGUUGCGGACAGAAAGCUUCGACG